GACAACGCUGGCGUGGCUGUUUAAAAUUUUGGCGCAGUAGCCGCUAUCUUCGUGUUUAUGUGAGCCUGCCCUGCUUCCAAUGGAAGGCCAACUGGACGUGGAUGACCUCGAGUCCCAGAAGUAUGCGGAGCUGCUCGCAUUGGCCCGGGAGCUGGGCUUCACAUGCAAGGGCAACCCGAAAAAGGCCAAAGUCGUCAAGUUCAUCCGGCAGUCCGUUGCCUGUGGGCUCGUCAAAGGCAAAGAAAACAGCUCUGUGACAUUUGCCCUCGACACAGCCACGGCAGAGUCGAGCCCCGAAUCCGUGCAGCCAAAACGUGCCGUAGCUGCCAAGACACCCGUGUCAAAGUCAGCAUCUAAGGUGAAGAAGACUCCAAACUUCUCCAAGCUUCAUGCUGCUGAGUUUGCCAAAAUGAAGUCCGUGGUAGACUGUGCAGCUCACCGCAACAUCCUCGUGAGCUCUUCCAGCCGGACACCCAAGUCGGCUUCCCGUAUAUCCCGUCUCAACGGCCUCCCCAAUACCAAUACAUUGCAGACACCCAAAGUUGCAUCGCGCAUUCCCAGGUUGACAGUGAACAAGGCGAAGACUGUGCCUCUGAGGGAGCCGGUGCGAGCACGCAUUGAUCCAAGCCAGCGCACGGCUGCUCGGCAGCACCAGGGACGCACCAUCCUGGGCAAGGUGCGCUCAAACAGAAGAUUUGAUUUGCUCAUGGCAAAAAGGGGCCUGGUGUGUGACUGAGGCAACCUGUAUGUUCUUCAUCACAGGUUCAGCUGUCCAGCUUGCUAUUCUUUUCUUUCAAACAUGCUUGGCUAGCAGACUCGGAGAACAUAUGCUGGAAUAGUACAUACUGUUGUGUUUUUUAUGCUGCCGAUUCCUAUGCACCUGGACGUUUUUUACUGCAUCUGCCACUUAAGUCGUUGGCUCACUUAUUCUGCAUUGCGCCAUCUCACCGUCAGGUCAGUACUUGGUGGUUGAGAUCUCCAAAUUGUGUACUGUUCGCUCAAUACGAAGGUUUGACCUAAACGAUGUCAACAGAUUUUGUUUGUGUCAUACACUUAUACCUUUCUUUUUCUUGCACGUGUUUGUUUUUAGAGAAAGACAAACAUGCUAGUAUUUUGCAAUACAUGCAGUGCUAUUUUAAUAGUUCGCUUUAUCUUUCAGCACAUGCUGUACACUAUUGCUUUCACAUGCAGCUACUAGCAGAAUCAAGUACAUGCUGCUUUUCAUCAUAUAACCAUCUGAUAUUUGAAUUUUAUUUAGACAGUCGUUUGGGACGAAGGGGCUAAAGGCAGAUGCAACUGCCUGACAAAGGCCCCCCUACCCAUACACUGCUCGGCGAUGGAAAACCAUGUAAACAUAAUGCAAAAAUGCAGAUACAAGAAAAGCAGGUCAAAAUAUAGGCAAUAGGCAAAUAUACAAAAGUAAGAUGGUUACGUUUUCUACAUACUUGUUGAUCUUUUGUAGAUUCACAAUAUUGAAUUCAGCGGUCGCAUUGCCGGCUUAAAUGCUUUUACUCAAGUUGUACAUAAACUUUCUUUCGAUCAUUCUGUGUGCAUGUGGUUUUUCCCCUCAAUAUCUACCAUAAGAGUAAAAAAUUUGCAGGUCAUGUGAAAUAUAUGCAUAGGAACUGUGCUUGCAGUCUGAAUUCCUUAGUCUCUUGUAGUUUACAAAUGAUUUCAGACAUAUGGCAUGCUAUAUGAAACCUUGUUUUGCCUCUGUCAUUGUUUAAACUUUGUUUAUAUGUAUGUAGCAGCAUUACAUUACAUCAAAGAAA